CCGCCAGAGUGAGAGCUGUCCCGAAGUCGCCUUUUGUUUUUGUUGACCUGGUCAUCUGGGGAGUGCGGCUUUUCCGAGUUUAUUUCCAUGCCAAAUGGCCGCCUUUAUGGAGGAAGCUCUGGUGGAGGCACGACGGGCACGUGACGCAGGCGAGGUGCCCGUGGGCUGUGUGUUCGUUCAUGGGGACAAGGUGGUUGCACGUGGCGGGAACGAGGUGAACAUCCACCGGAAUGCCACCCGUCACGCGGAGUUCAUUUGCAUCGAUGCGAUCCUGGCCAGCUGCCGCGAGCGGCGUCUUCCGGCCCGCCAGCUCUUCAGCGAGAUCACGGUCGUGGUCACCGUGGAGCCCUGCAUAAUGUGCUCCGCCGCCCUGCAUACGCUGGGUGUCAAGGAGAUCAUCUUCGGCUGCGAGAACGAUCGCUUCGGUGGCAAGACGGUGGUGGACGUGGCGGCCGUCGUUGGCCAAAGGAUCGACAUCACGGGCGGCGUUCGAGCGGACGAGGCGAUGGCCCUGCUAAAGGAGUUCUACAAGGGCGACAAUCCGGCGGCACCGCCACAGGCCAAAAAGAAAAAGUAGGAUGAGUCAACUACUUUCGGGUAAAUGGGGAGCAGUAAUAGAGUUACCAAACAAUCCCCAAGAAAAGAGGGAAAGUCAACAAUCAUUGGAACUUGGAACUUUCGAGAACAAAGCCUCAAGAAGAGAAGGUUGUUACCAACUGAAUUAAAUCAAGAUAAUGAAGUAUAGAAGCAGGUAAAACGAUGUAUUUUCCGACCGAAAGAUUCCCUGUAACCAAGAAAUUCCUGAAAUUAUUUACAUAUUUUAAAAGAGUAAGAAAAGUAUUCCGCUAUGAAAUGGAGGCAGAACUUUUUAAAGUAAAAAUAGUUAG